AUGGUUUUCCGGCGGUUGCUGGCUGCCCUGCUGCACAACCCGCAGCUGGUGGAGCGGCUUUCCGAGUCGCGGCCCAUCCGGCGGGCGGCGCAACUCACGGCCUUCGCGCUGCUGCAGCUGCAACUGCGCGGCCACGACGCGGCCCGCCGUCUGCGAGCCCUCGCGGAUCAGCCCCCGGGCUCCUUGGGUCGCCGCGUCGUGCGGUUCAAGGACACCUUCACCCAGGAACUCCGCCGCCGCCUCCGGGACCGUCCAGGACCACCCCCAGGUCAUCAGAAGGGCCCGGGCGCCAACGCGUAAGCACAGACUGGACUCUCCCGGGCCGAAGUCACGUCCCCUCCUCCCUUCAGUGACCUACACCGACCCCAGUGUUCAUGAGUUAUCUCGGGCACGAUGCACGGCUUCGAAUCCUGACUCGGAUUGUCAACAUGCAGAUGCCUAAGGUCAAGUGGACCUGUGCGUGCUGGUCCUGUGACUAGGCAGGACUCAGAGGGGAGUCUAGACCAGAACAUAGCAUGACUGAGAGCCAUGGAUAAACAACCAGAAAGAACGCCUGCCUUCUACAAGCGGGACUGAAGCUGAAUAAAUGCUGCUGCAUCCGCACUGGUUCAGGAGAAUACCAGGGAAGAUGGUGGAUGGAAUGACAACCCUAAAGUUGCCAAAAUCUGAUUAAAUAUGAAGCAGUCCCCAAGACAGCCUCAGAGAUGGACAAUGGGAGGAGCCACGGUAUAUAAAGACUUGCAAGUCUCAGCACUGGAGGCCGCGCUUUGCUGUGGAUUCCGGGCUGGGUCUGCCUUCCACUCGAGAGUACACCUCCGUUCUUCCUUCUCGCCCGCUGAAGUAAACCCUGACUGCUCCAGCUCUGGGCCCCCGUAUGAGUUCUUCAGAACUGAGGCUGCCGAUGUUGGGAUUAGAGGGCAUUUGGGAGGGGGGCAUCUCUCCAUACCCACAAUCCAAGUGUACUGGGUCGUUUUGUGUGUCAACGUGACCCAAGCUGGAGUCAUCAGAGAGGAGGGAGCCUCGGGGCUGAGGAAAUGUCUCCUUGAGAGCCAGCUGUAAGGCAUUUUCUCAUUUAGUCAUCAGUGGGGGAGGACCCAGCCCUCAUCCCUGGACCAUUGGUCCUGGGUGGGAUGAGUGGGUCAGGGAAAACAGGCCAGUAAGCAGCACCCCUCCACGGCCUCUGCGUCAGCUCCUGCCUCCGGGAUCCUGCCCUGUUUGAGUUCCUGUCCCAACUUCCUUCAGUGAUGAACAGUGAUAUGAAGGUGUAAACCAAAUAAACCUUUUCCUUCCCAA